AUGGUUCCAUUGCUACUCCCCGUUCACACAAUGAAACUGGAUCUUUACCGCAAUCACAUCUCAGAACUCAAGGUGACAGACUUCAGGAAUGUAUCUAAUCUCAGAGCACUUAAUGUGUCAUACAACUAUAUAUCAAAGGUUAAUGAUGGCACUUUCCAAGAGCUCAUUCACCUGCGAGAACUCUACAUGAACAGAAAUAGGCUAAAACAUGUAACAGGAGGAUUUUUACAAGGACUAGUCAGUCUCACUGUACUGCGACUGGAUCUAAAUGAAAUUGAGGACAUUGAACAAUCAGCUUUUGAUUCCCUUUCCAAUUUGAAGCAUGUAAAUCUGGCAUCAAACCGACUCACUCUUAUGGAGUCAGUGAAGACCAUAUUACAGUUACCAAAUUUAUUUGAGUUAAACAUUGAAAACAACAAAAUCACUAAUUUUGUGUCACAUAGCCUUCCAAAUACACCUCUGCAACUACAGAGACUUUCUUUAUUUUCAAACCCGCUGAAGACAUUUCACAUAGCAAAUAACAUCUUUCCAUACCUUAGUUAUCUAGAUAUCUCCAAUUGUAGUUAUAAUGGGUCUUUCCGAUGGAUUGUGGAGGAUCCAUCUUUUCUGGGCUCAGUGGACACGCUUAAUGUGAGACUGAAUCACCUCACAGCACUGAAAGUUAGAAAUACGAAAAUUACUGAACUCAACAAUAUCACACAUGUUCUCCCCUCAGUGUCCAUGCUUGACUUUUCCAACAACAAUAUAGAGCGGAUAACGUGCUCUGAUUUCAGCAAUCUAACCCUUCUGGAAAACCUUUACCUUUACCACAAUAAAAUUUACAUGAUUCGUAAUUGUACUUUCCAGAAUCUUCCAAACUUGCGGGUGCUACUACUAGGGUCUAACAAGCUGUUAGAUGUGGGACACAUUUUUAAUGGUGAUCUCCCAAACCUCAGUGUUUUGGAUUUGCACAGUAAUAAGAUAAGUCAACUUGAUGCAAGGGCAUUCAGUGGGCUGCCUGCUCUUAAAAUUCUGCAGCUUUAUGAUAAUCAGAUAAACAGCAUAUCAAAAAAUACUUUUGAUGGAUUACACAAUUUAAGAGAGCUGCACCUUAAUGCAAAUCACCUUCAACAAAACACAUUUACCAAUCCAGGAAUUUUUAAAGGAAUGCCGCACCUGGAACUGCUGAACUUGAAUGAAAAUGUCAUAACGUUUGACAGUCAAAAUCUUAAAGCUCCACCUUUCACAGAAUUAAAGUCCCUUCAAUUUAUGUUUAUUAGCAACCAGAGGCUGGGCAUGAAUAACUUACCAUGUAACCUGCUGAGAGGCUUGAGCUCACUGAUUUUAUUUCAUGGCUCACACCUCGAUAUUCAUUAUGUGCACCCGGAGACUUUCACAUACACUCCCGAACUUCGCUACCUACACCUAAGUAACAAUGUAUUUAUGACAGAAAUUUCUCCUAGGGUAUUUCAUCCAGUUGCUACACUGUCUGAGCUCCAUAUAACACACAGCCUACUUCCAUCGUUGAAUUUUUUAAUUGAUGCAAACCUUUCUCAACUCAGAAAUCUGCAGGUCCAGGACAAUCAGAUACAGGGAAUCAACCAGACUAUAAUCCAGUCGCUUCCUAAUCUAGAGUACAUUGACCUUAGAUACAACCCAUUUAUUUGUGACUGUAGCAAUGAAUGGUUACUUCAUUGGGCCAAUCAAUCAAAACUUACUCAGGUAGUAUACUUUAAUCAAUAUCAUUGUAGCUAUCCUUCUGCCUUGAAACGUGAACACCUGGAAGACCUGAACACUGACUCCUGCAGCCAGAAUUUAGAGUUCAUUUACUUUGCAGGAAGCUUUUCCCUGGUGAUUGUGACACUCUUGGUGUCUUUCAUUUACAACUUCAUGCGAUUUCAGCUAGUCUAUGCUUACUACCUUUUCCUAGCCUAUCUCUAUGACAGCAUGGGGCAGCGGAAACAGAAGCAACAUGGCUUCCUGUAUGAUGCCUUCAUCUCCUACAACUCUCAGGAUGAGCGCUGGGUGCAUAGAGAACUACUGCCCAAUCUGGAGACUGAACAAGGGUGGAGACUCUGCCUGCACCACCGGGACUUUGAGCCAGGCAAACCCAUCAUUGACAACAUUGUGGAAGGCAUCUACAGCAGCAGAAAGACUAUCUGUGUGGUGACACGAGACUACUUGGGGAGCGAGUGGUGCUCCAGGGAGAUUCAGGUGGCCAGCUUCCGGCUGUUUGACGAGAAGAAAGAUGUACUCAUCCUGGUCUUCCUGGAAGACAUCCCAGCACAACACCUAUCCCCAUACCACAGAAUGCGAAAGUUGGUUAAGAAUCAAACCUAUCUGUGCUGGCCCAAACCUGGGGAGGACAGGAUCAUUUUCUGGCAGAAACUACGAUUGGCUAUAAGCACCAACAAAGAAGAAAAUCCCUUUCUUUUAGGAGGGGAAUAGACUUCCUUGGGCUUACAGGAAUGUUUGGGACAAGGAUAAUUCUACAAGAGUGUUUUGGUUCAUGGGAUGAAAAUUGACAGGAAAGUACAUCCUUUACUUGAAUUCAAAAACUUCUGGCGGGUAAUGUGUAAUUAAAUUGAUCCCAUAACAAUGCAUUAAA